AAAGAGCAAUGUGACGUAAAAACGACGUCGACUCGUUCCGUUGCUGGUACGCUUAAAACCUCGAAAACGACGCUUGGCAUUGCAAUAUUGCUUUGCUUACACAGUUGUAUCCUCUAAUCCAAAACGAAAUGGACCCAACAGAUCGAAAUCUAUUGCGUAAGGAACAAUAAUCUCAUUCUAACGUCAAUCCCCGAAGAAUAAAAAACAAACUCUCAUCGGAAUCCCCAAAAACAAAUGGACGACAAGACGCAGUCCGAGAGUAAGAAAAACGACGACGAGGAAGUUGCGCAACAACGACAAGAUCCUCAACCGCCAGCAACUGCCACCGGCGGUGGUUGGGGCCGGUGGGGCUUUUCUCCCCUCUCCAUUCUCACUGAUCUUCAGAAGGCCGCCGCUGUCGCCGCCGAAGAGAUCUCUCGGAAUGCUGCUGCAGUUGCAGAGACAGCAUCAAAGAGCAUUGCUGAGUUGCAACAUGGUGCCGAAGAUUCAGAAUCCCCCAAAGAGGAUGAAGUGGCUGAAGGAUCUGCAGCUGACAAGGAAAGUGGCAAUGAGGGUGACAAUUUGCGAAAAUCUGCUCUGGAUAAAUUGGAGAAAGCCAGUGAAGAUUCACUGCUUAGCCAGGGUUUGAAGGUUUUUGAUAAUUCAGUGGAGACUUUUGCUUCUGGGGCAUGGAGUGCUUUAGGAAGUGCAUUGAGAGGGGGCUCUGAUUUUGUUCACAGGCUUGAGAAUUCAGCUUCAAACCUUGCUGGAUCUGCACAGCAUGACGGACCAGGAGCUGCAGGUGCCAAUGCACCUUCCCUACUAGAGACUGGAAAAGCUUUUACUGCAAAGGGAAUGCAAGUGCUUGAGUAUGUUGGUAAGGAGACGAUGGACCUGUUAAUCAGUGAAACCGGAAUUGAGGUUGAGAAGGAUAAAAAAGAAGGUGAAGAACAAAAUGAUGAGGAUCAAUUAUUAGAGGAAGUGACAUUUGAUCGAUGCUUUUACAUUUAUGGAGGUCCAGAGCAGUUGGAGGAAUUGGAGGCUUUGUCUAGUCAUUAUGCCUUGUUAUUUAACCGAAGAAAAGUGAAGUUAUCGGCUGAACAGAAGUCUGUAUAUGAUGGGAAGCUUAAAGAGGUCCAACACCUUUUUAAUUUGAGUACUGAAAUUGAUAGCAGUGUUGAAUCAAACAAAGGAAAGACGAUAAAGAGAGGAAAUGAGGGAAGCAGUGAUGAGAUGAAGAAUUUACAUGAUUCAAGUGUCAGCAAGGCAGCUGAAAUGGCAGCAGGUUUCACUAACACCUUGGCUGGGCUAGCUGCUAAUGAUAUAAUUCAGAGAACUACAGCAAGAUUGGAAUCUCUCCAUUCUGAGGGAGUUCAUAGACUAUCUGAAAUGUGCUGUUUUGCGGUGUCUCAACUUCUACUGUUUGGCAAAUCCAUCAUUUCUCGUGCCAACAAAACUGAGGAAGAAACUGAUGAUGAUAAGGUGAACUUGGAGUGGCCUGAUGAUGUUACUGCUAAAGCUAAUAUGAUAAGAAUGAAUGCCCAAACAAUGAUAGGAUAUGUGGAAACAGUUUCCAACAGUUUUAUUACAGGCAUAUCUGAUGUAACUGAGGCCUAUCAAGCUGCCAUUAAAGCUGUUACUGCGGAGUCUCACAGAGCUGUUCCCCGGACUUCAGUCCAGGAAAAAGCCAGUGCCUUCUCUGAACACCUUCGAGCUGAUCAAACCACAGCAAUAUGCAAAAUCCAGGACGGCAUGCAAUUUUUAGCUUAUGUUCUCCUUUCAACCUCUAUGAAUGUUGCUUGAACACUAUUUGUUCCUAUUUGUAAAUAGUCAGAGUUUAAUUAGAAGUGAUACCCCUAAACUAUGGUUAGUGUACUUGGACCGUGCAUUGAUUAUUGAACCUUACUCGGUUGUAGUAGUGUCUGAACUGGGGCAGAUUUGUCCUGCUAAAUUGAUUCCUGCAGCAGUUCUAUUCUUUGAACCCUCGAAUCAGUCGGUCAUAUAUAUGAAGAGAUUUAGAUAUGCACACUCAUGUUAGUCGUUUUUGUUUAAUUAUUAACUAUUAUGUGGUAAUUUUAGUUGGAUGUAGUUGAUGGUUACAUAACUAAUAUGAAUUUUUUCAUUUUUAG